CUGAUCACGCAUAGCUCCUUCAAAUUUGCACAAAGCUAAUACACAAGAAAACUAAAUAUACAUAAGUCUGACAUAAGUAAGCUUUGAGAAAUUUUAAAACCAUUUUGUGCUUAAAUUUGUAGACAUAAAUAUCACAAUUAAAAUAAAUAUGGCACAACCAACGAGACGAACAACAAAAAUACAGUCAGCACGUACCAGAGCUUAUGAUGAUGAUGCUUUCGUCCAUAAUUUCGCUGUUCGUGGGGCUCGUGAAAUAAUUGUAAUGGAUCCCAACGGAAGGCCAAUGCGGUCUACGGUUAGUCAGAGGCGCUCUUAUGCUUACGCUAGUCAUCUGCAUGCAUUGGCGAUCAUGGCACGCAAUGUGGUCCGAGAUCUGGAUCCCGCUAAUGAUGUGACUUUCAUGCGAUUGCGGUCGAAUCGUCAAGAAGUUCAUAUAUCCAUAACGCAGGAGUUCAUUCUAGUUGUUAUACAGAGGUUGAAGAAACAAAAGGAAUAAACAGCAACACUAAUGUUGUGUGUGUGUGUGUGCGAAGCAUAUAAUCGAAACUUAAUUCCCAAAAUGAAUCCAUUGUUUUCAUAACAAUGGGGCGUUGAAAGUAAUCACUUGGCUAAUACACAUUUGAGUUUUAUUGGGUUAAAGCUUGGCAAGUUGAAAAGUGUUUUCAGCAAAGAAACGUUGGUUAAUGUACCAACUAAACACACAUCUCACACUCUUCGAUGUUGUGCUUGUAUUUAAAU